UAGUUGGGGAGAAAGAUUGUGCGGAUGCAAAAAGGGGCAUGUAUGAAGCUGGGCUGGUGGGUUGCUCCUGCCAGGGCUUCUCAGGAGACCCAGAAAGUCCGAGAUACUCAUGAUUGUGCCGACACCCUUGCCUGCAUAUCCUGUCUCCAACCUGCAACUUCAGGUUAUGAUGUUUGUAACAAAGCAAACAAUCUGCGUUGCAGCCCCAAGGCCCAGAAGAGACCAAGAGUAGAAAAGACAGCUAAAAGAGAUCAAGAAUUUACUGACUGAAAAUGGCAGAAAGAACCUUAGAGAAGUUAGAUAUUCUGGAUGAGCAGGCAAAGAUACUCUUGGCCAGAAGAGAAAAGUGUUGUACUUUGGAUUUAUUGCAGAAAAACAGGCUUCAGAGUCAAGUAAAGAAAAAGACUUUGGUUAGACCACUGACAUUUGACUUUCAGUUGGAAUCUGAAGCGGCUAUUGCUCCAUCCACAUCUAAGAAAGCAUCCAGGAUCACAGAAGAGGAGUCAUAUAGUAUUAAAAAAUCAAAAAGAUAUGUCUUUUUAAAAAAUGAGCCUGAACCUACAAAGAGUGAUUUUGUACCACACUUUGUACCAACAAAUAUAAAAAAUCAAGAAAGGAAGUCAAUAGAGUCAUUGAAAGAAAAACUGAAUUCAAGAUCUUUUAGAACUUUUCUUGAUCUUAAGAAUACAGCUAAGAAUAAACAAGAAUAUGGAAGAACAUUGGCUUCUACAAACAUUUCUCCUGUACCCAGGAUUCAACCUAAUGCUUAUAAGAAAGAAAAAGACUCUGCUCUAUUUGCAGCUCAAGCCAGAAAAAAACCUAAGGAAUCAGCUGAUUUGGCUAGUCACUUAGAAGAUUCUGUCAAUAAAAGAAGAAAAUCUCCCCCACAGAUCGAUGAUUUUAGCUCAAAAGAAAACAAAACCAUCAGAAAUGAUCCAUUAAGUGAAUACUGUUCAGUAAGAAAGAAAAGCUUGCUCCCCUUGUGCUUUGAGGAUGAAUUUAAAAAACCAAAUGCCAAGAUAAUCAACAUUAGUCCAGCAAAGACAGUAACUUCUCACAUGGAACAAAAUGACACAAAUCCCAUAAUUUUCCAUGAAACUGGAUAUGUACAAAUGUUACUUUUGACAAAAAAUAGACUUCCUCCCUCUAGUAUGAAAGAUGAAAACAUUUACCUACAUAAAAGAGCAGAUUUUGUCUUAGAAAGAAAUUGCAAAAUCCUCAAAUCUUUAAUUAGAGAUCAACUUAUUAUUCCUUCCAAACCUAAAAGAAUUAUGCCUACAACAUGGAAAAGAAAUACACAAGCAAUAUCUUUUGAAAUGGGCCAUAGAGUUGUAGAGAGUAAACAAAAGAAGAAAACUAGUAAGAAGACAUUUGAAAAUGUAUCCCGGAGUAAACUCUAUAAUUUCUCACAGACUUUUUCCGGCCUAACAAAAACAGUUACUCAAGAUAUGAGUACUAGACAUGGCAACUUUGAAAGAAUGUUUUCUACAGUAAAACCCAUUAGCAAGUUCAGUACCUUACCUGUCAAAUAUUGUUCAAAGCCUUUAAAAAAUGUACUCAAAGUCCAUAAAUUAAAUAAUGUAACACCCUUGGAUGAUUUGUUAAACUAGUCAAGUGAAAAUUAGACCCCUCAAAAAAUAAUGUUUAUGCAGCAAUUAGGUAACAAAAAGAAAAUAACGAAGUUCCAAGAUUAUAGAAGAAAUUGUUACCUAAAUAAUGUCCUAAUGGAUGGUAUAAGAAAGCAAAGAAUAGAAAUUGGAAUUAUAAAUCAACCGUCAUCUGUUCAAGAAAAGCCAAUAUUUUUAGUAAAUGAAAGGACAAAGUUAGGAAAUAAUUAUCAACAAGAGGGACUAAUUCAUGAAUUUUUAUGAUCUCAAUUAGAUUCCUCAAUCAUCAGAAUUUCUACAGUAAAGUCUGAUUUGGGACCAGGAAUGGCAUACACCAUCUCUGGAAAUUUGCUAUCAGAAGCCAAACAGCAUCAAUAACCUUGCGCAAUAAUUGAAUAUCAAAUAAGACAAAUGCACUAUUAACCUGAUACAUGUGGAAUUCAUCAUAUAUCAGCAUUUUGGAUAAUCAUUGGAAAAUAGGAUUAUAUUAGCAAUUCAUGCAAUUAAAAACACUUUGUAAAAUUUAAAA